AUGUGUUCGGAAUACAAAUUCACAUCCAGAAGAAUCUACAGUUCUUGUAGGGAUCUACCCCAUCUAUCUGCAGAGCUUCAUUGGACCUACAAUUCAUCAACGGGUAUAGCCCGGAUCGCGUACAGGGCCCGCCAGGGCCCACGCGGGUGGGUCGCAUGGGCGGUUAACCCGAACCAAAUAGGCAUGGUUGGGUCGGAAGCAAUUGUGGCUUUUCAUAAUGGAAAUGGAAGUAUGAUGGUGUAUACGACUUUGAUAAAUAGUUAUAGUCCUUCAAUGGUGCCGGGAAAUCUUAGUUUUCAAGUUUCGGGUUUAUCUGCUGAGUCAUCGGUUAAUGAGAUUGCUAUAUUUGCUGAUGUGGGCCCGUUUGAAGGUGGGUCCGUUGUUAAUCAAGUGUGGCAAAGUGGGAAUUUGGUUUUGAAUGGUGUCCCUCAAAUGCAUGCGGUUUCACAACAAAAUCUUCAAUCAACGGGGGAGAUUGAUUUCUUGUAUGAUCAGGAAAAGCAUAGAUAG